GACCGCAGAUGGAAAGAAAGCCUUGUUCAAGACGGUGAGUGGGAUCUUGAGCAAGCACCGGGAGGCAGCCACCCAAGAUCUGAAGCAGCAGCUCACCCAGCCCGAGAAGAAGAAGAAGUUGCCUGUGGCGAAAGGACCGAAGAGACCGGCCGUGGAGUACGAAGCCAAGCCUACGAAACGCCGUCCGAGGCCGAGUUGUUCGAAGAGCGGACAGCCAAAGGCCAUCCGGGACAAAGAGCCGGAGCCGAGCGCCAAAGAGAGAGAGGAGGACGAGGAGAAGACCAAGGAGGCCGAGGAUGAGGACGAGGAGGAUCCCGAGUUUUUGGGAUCGAAGGAUGUCCCGACCCCGCCGGACAGUGCAGAGUUGGAUGGCGAUGACGACGAGGAGAUUCCCGACUCCGAGGAGCUGGACCGGUUUAUGGAGGACUCCGACGAGGAUGCCGAUGUCUUCGCCGAGGAGUUUGCUGUGGAGAAAAAAGAGAAGGACUCCGGCCAGGCGAAGGGAAUCCCCGCGAAGGUCCAGCAGUACUUGGAGAAGUUGGACAAGGAGCUUGCCGCCCUCAUCCCCAAAGUGCUGACAGAGCCAUCCUGUUGCACCUAG